CCAGCACCAUGGUGGAGGUGCCCCAGGCCAGGAUAUCAUGGCUUCCCUGGUCAAUCCUGCUUCUUCUGAAUGGGAACUGAGGACUGUUUUAUGGAGGCGUAGAAACAGCCAGAUUCCAGCGUGCCCAUGCAUGUAAACCCAGGGUGGAAGUAAAACUGGCCAAAUUUUUAUGUUACAAGGUGAAACCCGGGUGGGAUCACAAGCCAUAUGAUUGUGAAGCCUCCAAGAUGGAAUCUGGCCUGCUGGGAGCCCAGAACUUUGACAGAAAUGUCAUAGAGGAGUUGUAGAUCUGCCCACUGCUGUUCACGAGCUGCACCAAACUGUGGCGAAUGCGACUCGCGUCUGUUGAGCGGCUGGGAGGAUCGAGUGGAAGACUACCGAGAUGAGGAAGCCUCCGGGCAUCCUAGAGCUGACAGACUCCGAGCAAGGGGCUGGUCUCCGCAGUUUACUUCCGGGGUCCUGGUUGUCAAGGGUUUCGGAGGCUCGUGGUCUGCGUCCAAGGGUCCCUCCCUCUCCAGGUCUGAAUCUUCCCCAAACACCCCGGAAGCUCGCGAUCCCUGGACUGCCCCCAAAGAAAUGACCACGGGAAAAUAAUAAAAAAAGAACCACUACCACCCCCUCCUAGGAAGUGAACCUCUUAAACUCUACAGCCUUAAAAUGGCAGCAGCUUUGACCCUUCCAGCGCCAGAGGAACAGGAGGAAUUUCUGACAGUGAAGGUGGAGGAGGAGACUCAUACAUGGGGGCAGGAAUCUGGACUACAGAGGAAUGACCCUUAUACUAGAGAGAUCUUCCGGAGGCAGUUCAGGAGAUUCUGUUACCAGGAGACCCCUGGGCCUCGUGAAGCUCUUCGAAGGCUGAGAGAACUUUGCCUUCAGUGGCUGAGACCAGAAGUGCACACAAAAGAGCAGAUUCUGGACUUGCUGGUGCUCGAGCAAUUUCUCAACAUCCUCCCUGAGGAGCUCCAGACCUGGGUGUGGGAACAUCGUCCCGUGAGUGGAGAGGAAGCAGUGACUGUGCUGGAGGAUUUGGAGAGAGAGUUUGAUGAGUCAGGAGAGCAGGUUCCAACUCAUGCUCAUAAACAGGAAAUGUUCUUGGAGGAGAUAGUGCCUAUGGAAGCAACACAGGAAUCACAAAAUAUUCAGUUCCAGCCCUUGGAAACACAGAUCCAAUGUAAAUCACAGGAGAUGAAUCCUGUUAAAGAAAUUGAUGGCAAGACCAGCAUUGAGAAUGGAGAGUUAGCUCCAGAGCAGGAAACUUCUACAGAAAUGGAUAGAAUUGACAAACUGAAUUGUGAUAUUCUCUGGGGUCCUGAAUGUAGAGGAAUGUGUGAACGAGAAGGCAAAUCAGAAAGACAAUGGGGGAACCCUGCAGUGGAAAGACCUUAUGUAUGUGGUGAAUGUGGGAAAAAUUUUACUCAGAAUUCUAUCCUCAUUGAACAUCAGAGAACCCACACUGGAGAGAAACCUUAUGAAUGUGAUGAAUGUGGGAGAGCCUUCAGCCAGAGGUCUGGCCUUUUCCAACAUCAGAGACUCCACACAGGAGAGAAACGAUAUCAGUGUAGUGUAUGUGGCAAAGCUUUCAGUCAGAAUGCAGGGCUUUUUCAUCAUCUCAGAAUCCACACUGGAGAAAAACCCUAUCAGUGUAAUCAAUGUAAUAAAAGUUUUAGCCGGCGCUCAGUCCUUAUCAAACAUCAGCGAAUUCACACUGGAGAAAGACCUUAUGAAUGUGAUGAGUGUGGCAAGAACUUCAUUUAUCAUUGUAACCUUAUUCAGCAUCAGAAAAUUCACGCACUGGCCGAGUCAAACUAGCUUCUUGUAGUAGAGACUAGGGCUAGAUCUUCCAUUUCUUUGGUACAGGGAACUCCCAGAAAAGGAGACCCUCUCUGUUGAUAGAAUUUGGCACUUCACAGUCUUAGAGUUAAGUAGGGGCACUGAGAGGUUAAAGGUCUUGUGAAGGGUUACAAAACAAGUGUGUGUCAGAAGUGGGACUUAAACCCAGGUCUUCCUGAUUCCACGGUGAGCUCUCUUUCUGCUGUGCUGUGCAAUAAGUGGGGCAAAAUUUACAGAUGCUAGAAUUGUAGGCAGUUUUUCUGGGGAAUCAGUUCUUUAUUUUAUCCUCCUUUGAACAUGAGAAUGAGAGGAUGUUAACUGUGUUUAACUUUUUAGUAUAAUAAUUUCCUUCCGGGGAAACCUAGUGGUGAUGCCUAAACCAUUCUCUGAGAUAGGUGCUUAUUUUAGACAAUAUAUUAAAUAGUGAAAGUAAUUAUUUUAAUAAUGUAAUGAACUUUUAAUUUAGAAGGAGCCACAUUCUUGAGAGAAUUCAAAAUGCUACAUUGAUAACAGCUUUGUCAGGGUGCUGCUUCCAAUACAGCUCAGUCAUAGUGUAUCCCUAAUCAAAAAUGGACAUUAGUCAAAUGUGCUUAUCUGCUUGAUACUGCAGCCAUUAAGUUUCUCAGCCCAUUUUUAAUACUUCUGGAUGUAGAAAAUACCUUACAAAUACAACCUGAGUCCAGUGUUUUGUCAGUUAAUCUGCUUUGUUUAAAAAAAAUGGAAAAACCAAAAUACUUAGAAAUAGCCUGAUUCCAUUCAUAUCUCCUAGUAUAAUGACAUAUCCUUAAAACUGCAGAAAGGAGAAAGCCACAACAGGCUAUCCUUCAUAGAACUAAAUUAGUCAGCACUCCCAGAAUUAUAGAAAAUAUAUUUUAGCAGUUCAGUGAGUAGUCAUAACUUCUGCUGCAUGUACUUACACAGAUAACUUUUAGAAUACCAAUUUAUACUUUGGUAUUUCUGCAGAUUCUUUCGGUGGGACUGUAGCUUACUCAUAGUUUCAUUUGUCAUCACAUUUAAUCAUUAUGAUGGUUUUUCAUAAGCCCAGCUGUCAUCAGUACUCCCUUUUUUUUUUAAAUUUUAUUAAUUUAUUUUGAUUUAUCAACAAUCACUUCCAUAUGCUUUUGAGUUGAAAA